AUGGAGAGUCAGACUGGUGGAAGUAGGGGUGGGAGCAUAACGGAAUGGGAUCGUAAACCCUGGUUGAAGCAAGUGACACUAAGAUCCACAAUAAUCGGGUUGAUAAUAGGUUCUCUUGUACUAGUGUCUAACUUUCAGUUUGGAUUACAGACAGGGUGGGUUUCUAUGAUGUCGUUGCCCAGUGCUCUUCUAGCUUGUGCUGUUUUCAAGCAAGUGUGGCCCUUGGUUUUCCCCAAUGAUUCGCAGUUUAGCGAUGUUGAGAACGUUUAUGUGCAAAGUAUCGCAGUCGCAGUUGGAACUGGACCGUUAGCGUAUGGAUUUGUUGGAGUGGUUCCAGCGAUUGAAAAGUUUCUAACUGAUGAGGAAAGUGGUGGUACAAGACAUAUGGGAGAAGCGUUCUCUUUUAACGAAUUGCUAAUGUGGUCGGCAGCGUUAGCAUUUUUUGGCAUAUUCUUUGCAGUUCCGAUUAGGAAGCAAGUUAUUGUGAGGGAAAAGUUACCGUUUCCCAGUGGCAGUGCAACGGCAACUUUAAUUUCAGUGUUGAACGGGUCUGAGAUUUUGCAAGAAGUGACCACACAGGAAUUGGUUGAGAUGAAGGAACGAAGAUUAAGGGAGUAUGGUGAAGUUCUAUGCAGUGAUGAUGAAACUAACUGUGAAAUCUCACCGCUGCUGCGAAAUGGGAAUUCUAACGCCCCCAAUUCAUACACAUCUGCUGAUUCUAAUGGUUCUAAUGAGACUAAUGUUAACCAUUUGGUUCCAUCUACAUCUAAAGGUGUGCCCACUUAUAGAGAAAAUGUUAGCGUGUUGAUGAAGACAUUCAGUGCCUCUGCAUUAUAUACCGUCACUUCUUAUUUCGUACCGGCAGUGAAGUCAAUCCCGAUGUUUGGAAAUUAUGCUUCGGACGUUUAUCUAUGGAAUAUAGAGCCGUCGCCUGCAUACGUUGGUCAAGGUAUUAUCAUGGGGUUGCCCACGGUUUCAUAUAUGCUUUUUGGAUGCAUAUUAGGGUGGGGAAUUUUGGCACCUCUAGCAAGGUACAAUCGCUGGGUAGAUCCUGAAGCCAACGUUCACGAUUGGGAAAAUGGGGUUCAAGGAUGGAUUAUCUGGACAUCGCUUUCAAUUAUGGUGGUUGAUAGUGUUGUGGGCUUCAUCGUUUUCACGAUACGAUCAAUUGUGAAGUUCAUCCUCUUAGAUGACAAAAUGGAAAUGUUCAAUAGCGUUUUGGAUGAUUCUAUCCAAUCGAUGUUACUCGAAGAAGAACGAGUGUUGAACGAUUCUCGGGGUAGACAUGAAAAUACAGUUAAACUAGUCAGUACAGAGAUUGAUCAUGAAGUUGAUUCCAAACAUUUAGUAGCCUAUACUACAGUGCUAAGUGGAUUGGCAAUUUCUUUCAUACUAUGUGUCACAGUAAUGAUAUAUUUGUUUGGAAUUGAUAUCAUUCCAUUGUACUCCAUCGUUUCGGCCCUGGUUAUAGCUUCUUUUCUUUCUAUUUUAGCGGUUCGUGCAUUAGGGGAAACCGAUUUAAAUCCUGUAAGUGGUAUUGGUAAACUAUCACAAUUGUUGUUCGCAUUAAUCAUUCCGAAUAGCCAGAAUGGUAGCGUGCUAUUGAAUCUUGUGGCGGGUGGCGUUGCAGAAGCUGGGGCUCAACAGGCAGGGGAUUUGAUGCAAGAUUUGAAAACCGGGCAUUUGUUGGGAGCAUCACCAAAGGCACAAUUCAUUGCACAAUCGAUAGGCGCAGCUUGGUCCAUUGUUUUGUCCAGUAUAGUUUACAAGUUGUACAAUAAAAUUUACGACAUUCCCAAUCAACAAUUCAGAAUACCAACUGCUGUUGUGUGGAUUGAUUGUGCCAGGUUAGUUACUGGUAAAAGCUUGCCUGAUAAAGCACUGGAGUGCUCUUUAGUACUGGGAUCGAUAUUUGCCGUUUUAUCUUUAAUUAAAAACUGUCUUCGUGACAGAGGUUAUAAAUGGGUUUUGUGGAUUCCAUCUGGCGUUGCGGUAGGUGUUGGGAUUUACAACUCUCCAAGUUUCACCAUAGAACGUUUUGCUGGGGGCAUGUUGGCUCACAUCUGGUUACGUACCAACAGAGGAAACCCGGAUGCAAAGACGAAAAUGAUUGUGUUUAGUUCAGGAUUGGUGUUGGGUGAGGGGAUAUUCAGCAUAGUUAACAUGUUCUUUACCGGUAUCGGAGUACCGCAUUUUUGA